GCACCCCUCGAGCGGUUCCCUAGCGACGCUAGGGCAAGCUAACCACUGGGCGGAGAAAGCCGGGGAGCGCAGGUGGGAGGCCGCUCCCUCGGGAGCCUGGGAGCUCCCGACAGCCCGGGCGCCACGCCACGGCCUCCACGCGUUCCAGCCCUGGCGCGCUCCCAGGCACCACCGAUCUGCAUGGAGCUGCCUCCCCGCGGCCGGGCGCCGCCCGGCUCCCCGCUGUCCAGCAGCUCCCUAACCUCUCUGGACUCCAGCGUCUUCUGCAGCGAGGGCGAAGGGGAGCCCCUGGCGCUCGGGGACUGCUUCACGGUCAACGUGGGCGGCAGCCGCUUCGUGCUCUCGCAGCAGGCGCUGUCCUGCUUCCCGCACACGCGCCUGGGCAAGCUGGCCGUGGUGGUGGCCUCCUACCGCCGCCUGGGAGCCCUGGCCGCAGCACCCAGCCCCCUGGAGCUCUGCGACGACGCCAACCCCGUGGACAACGAGUACUUCUUCGACCGCAGCUCGCAGGCCUUUCGCUAUGUCCUUCACUACUACCGCACCGGCCGCCUGCACGUCAUGGAGCAGCUGUGCGCGCUGUCCUUCCUCCAGGAGAUCCAGUACUGGGGCAUCGACGAGCUCAGCAUCGACUCCUGCUGCAGGGACAGAUACUUCCGAAGAAAGGAGCUGAGCGAGACUCUAGACUUUAAGAAGGACGCAGACGACCAGGAAAGUCAGCAUGAGAGUGAGCAGGACUUCUCGCAAGGCCCUUGUCCCACUGUGCGCCAGAAGCUCUGGGAUAUCCUGGAGAAGCCUGGGUCCUCCACAGCCGCCCGGAUCUUUGGGGUCAUCUCCAUCAUCUUCGUGGUUGUGUCCAUCGUCAAUAUGGCCCUGAUGUCAGCGGAGUUCAGCUGGCUGAACCUGCCGCUGCUAGAAAUCCUGGAGUAUGUGUGCAUUAGCUGGUUCACUGGGGAGUUUGUCCUGCGUUUCCUGUGUGUGCGGGACAGGUGUCGCUUCCUGAGGAAAGUGCCCAACAUCAUCGACCUGCUCGCCAUCCUGCCCUUCUACAUCACCCUACUGGUGGAAAGCCUGAGCGGCAGUGAGACCACACAGGAGCUGGAAAACGUGGGGCGCCUAGUCCAGGUUCUGAGGCUACUCAGGGCGCUGCGCAUGCUAAAGCUGGGCAGGCACUCCACAGGAUUACGCUCCCUUGGCAUGACCAUCACCCAGUGCUACGAGGAAGUUGGCCUACUGCUUCUAUUUCUAUCUGUGGGAAUUUCUAUAUUUUCAACUAUUGAAUAUUUUGCAGAGCAAAGCAUUCCUGACACAACCUUCACAAGUGUCCCUUGUGCGUGGUGGUGGGCCACUACAUCCAUGACUACUGUGGGAUAUGGGGACAUUAGGCCAGACACCACUACUGGAAAGAUUGUGGCCUUCAUGUGUAUAUUAUCGGGAAUUCUUGUCUUGGCCUUGCCUAUUGCUAUCAUUAACGACCGCUUCUCUGCCUGCUAUUUCACAUUGAAACUCAAAGAAGCAGCUGCUAGACAACGGGAAGCUCUGAAGAAGCUCACCAAGAAUAUAGCCACUGACUCAUACAUCAGUGUUAACCUGAGAGAUGUCUAUGCCCGGAGUAUCAUGGAGAUGCUUCGCUUAAAAGGCAGAGAAAGGGCAAGUACCAGAAGCAGCGGGGGUGAUGAUUUCUGGUUUUAAAUUUGUUUCCAAUUGAUUUCCAAAAGCUGUGUACAAUGAACUCAGUUGAUAAAUCCUUGCUGUGGACAUUUGCAUUGCCGGUGAGGAACCUUCUGAGUUCUAUCUAUUUCAUAUUUCAUGAUGUAUUACUUGGCCUGGUAGAAUAUUUCAUACCCCCAUAGCAAUUGCACAUCAGUUUUGAUCCAUCUAAGUCUCAAAAUAUUCAAUUAGCAUAAUCAAAUAUAAUUGGGACAAUUUAUAGAUGUAUGAUUUGUCAAAUAUGAAAUAAUAUUAUUGCAAUACAUACCAUAUAGUUAAAAGUUUCAUAUAUGUCACUACUUUUAGA